GGGGCGGAGGGCGCGUCGAUGGAAGAGGUAGGUAUUAAAGCAGUGGGUAUCCUCGCCGUCGACCUGGUGGGAGAGGAGAAGGAGAGCCGCUGCUGCAUACAGAUACACGCUAGCUUCAGCAUCUUAUCCAGGAGAGAUUAGAUCGCUUGGUUUCGUCGAGGCGGCUGAGGAUACUACAUACUUACCUGCCUACCUAUAAUCUCCGGGCUCUCCCCUCUGUUCCCGUCUCCUGUUCCAUCCACUACCCUCCAUCCCUCCAGCGUUCGCCGGCAGCCAGUCAGCCAGUCGUCAUGCCCGCCCGACGGUACGAGGGCGCGCCGUCGCCCGCUGGCGCCGCGCCGCUCGCGCAGCCGCUGACGUUCGAGUUCUCGGGCAAGGUGGCCCCGAACCUGCUCAAGAAGGCGGCCAUGGCCGAGGACCUCGCCACGUGGAGCGCGCGGAACCUCGAGGAGCGCGGGAUCCCCACGCCCGAGAUGAUCGAGCUGUAUCGGAGAUGGGGAGAGGGCGGCUGGGGCGUCAUUACCACGGGAAAUAUCGACAUCGAGUUCGACAUGCUGGAUGCCGUCGGCGACGGCAUCAUCACGCCCGAGUGCCCCCCCUCCGGGCCGCGCUUCGAGGCCUUCAAGGAGCUGGCGGCGGCGGCGAAGGCGCACGGAAGCCUGAUCGUGGCGCAGGUAACGCACCCGGGUCGCCAGCUGAGCGCCCGCAUCCGGCCUGACACCAUAUCGGCGUCGGCGAUCCAGCUUCCACCCCAGGGCAUGGGCGAUUACGCGAAGCCGCGCGAGGCGACCAAGGAGGACAUCGCGCGUGUCAUCGACGGGUUCGCGCACGCGGCCUCGUACCUCCAGCAGGCGGGCUUCGACGGGAUCGAGCUGCACGGUGCGCACGGGUACCUGCUGUCGCAGUUCCUGUCGGAGGACUCGAACCGGCGCACGGACGAGUACGGCGGCAGCCUCGCGAACCGCAUGCGCAUCGUGGUCGAGAUCGCCGAGGAGAUCAAGCGCCGCGUCGCGCCGGGCUUCCUGCUCGCCGUCAAGCUCAACUCGGUCGAGUUCCAGGAGAAGGGCAUCCGCCCCGCCGACGUCGGCGUGCUGUGCGGCACCCUGCAGGAGCUCGGCUUUGACUACGUCGAGCUCUCCGGCGGCAACCACGAGAACAUAGGCUACGGGUUGACCAAGGAGUCGACGCAGAAGCGCGAAGCCUACUUCCUCGAGUUCGUCGGCGACAUCGUGCCCCACCUGUCGCGCACCAAGAAGUACCUGGCCGGGGGGUUCCGCACGCUUGGGGCCAUGGUCGAGGCGCUCGGCAUCCUGGACGGGAUCAGCCUGGGGCGGCCGGCGACGCAGGAGCCGCGGCUGGCGGCGGACCUGCUGGCGGGGCGGGUGACCGCGGCGGUACGGCCGCGCGACGACGUCCUCGACGACUUCCUCACCUACCUAGUCGGGUCGGCCACGCAGAUCCGCCAGGUGGCCUACGGCCGCGAGCCCUUCGACCUCAGCAACGCCGCUGCCGUCCAGAGCUUCCGGACCGACAUGGCCGCCCAUCUCGGCCGCCAGCUCGCAGACCCCGAUAACCUCGAAUUCAGGGGCUACCCCGACUUGACGGCCCCGGAGACCGGCUCGCACCCCUACGGCACGCCGUACUAGGCGCAGGGUGUGCAUACGAUCUCCUAUACCUAUAUGCAUGCGUGUGCGUCUGUGUAUGGAAUGCGUGUACCCGCCACGUGGCAGUAGGUAGUAGUAGGGAGAUAUCAAGCAUUCGUUCUACCUACAUUUCCAGCCCGAUGAGGUGUACAAGAAUAGCUGUCGAUAGCCCUUCGAAAGAGAAAUUAAGAAUAUAGUCCUAGCCUGGUCGGGAAGAACGCGGAAAGACGCGGUGCUGACGAUGCUGACCAUCUCGGUGGUCUCGGUGUACUGUGUAGAAUGUAAAAGGGGGUGUAUGUAGUAA